AUGCCAGCCACAAAAGCAAUCAUCGCCCGCGACCCGCGCUUCACAGCCCUAAACUGGGCAUUGGAGGACGUGGCCGUCUCCGAUGCCCCCGGCGACAACGAGGUCCUGGUCGAAAUGGUCGCGAGCGGCGUCUGCCACACCGACAUUGUGCUGUCUGCGGUGCCGCCGGGCCAGGUUGGCGUUUUGUAUCCGAAGGUUAUGGGGCAUGAGGGAUCCGGGUACGCGCGCAAAGUCGGCAAGAACGUCACGGGCGUGGUGGAGGGGGAUCCAGUCCUGCUAUCGUUCUACAGCUGCGGGAAAUGCGAGCAGUGCGAAGAAAAACACCCGAGCUAUUGCGACGCGUUCGCGAAGGAGAAUUAUGGCGGGCGGAAGGGGCAUGUCACCAUCACCAACACAAACACAUCCUCUACCGGUAACGGGAACAGUGGCGACGGGGAAGAGGUCUACUCGCGGUUCUUCGGGCAGUCGAGUUUCGCGCGGUACAGCAUCGUCGACGGGGCAUGCAUCGUGAACGCGAAGGACCUGCUACAGAGCGACGACGAGCUCGCGCUGUUCGCGCCGCUGGGGUGUGGGUUUCAGACGGGGAUGGGGGCGAUUGAGAAUGUUGCGCGGCCGGAUGCGAAUACGGUGCUUGUUGUGCUGGGGUUGGGGAGUGUGGGAAUUGCGGCGUUGAUGACUGCAGCCCUUCACCCUCACAAAGCGAUUAUCGGCGUUGAUCGUCUUCCGUCGAGGCUGGAGCUUGCGAAAGAGCUGGGCGCUACGCAUACGAUCGAUACGUCGCCGCCGGGGUUUAACCUUAACAAAGCGCUUCGCGAGAUCUUCCCCAAUGGCGUUUCGACAGUUAUUGAUACGACGGGGGCGCCUCCGCUCAUUGAGGACGGCUUGAAGAGUCUGAGGCAAAGGGGGAAGAUUGUGCUUAUUGGGGUCACGCCGAUGCAGUAUGAGCUGGGGGUUAGCGUGGUCCAGCAUAUCAACAGCGGUAGGGCCGUCAUUGGGUGUAUUGAGGGCGAUUGUAUACCGAGCGAGGCAAUUCCAAAACUGAUCCAGUGGUACCGCGAGGGCCGGUUCCCGAUCGACAAGCUAAUUAGUUACUUUGAGGCGCACGAUUUCAAAAAGGCAUUGGCUGGAUUAGAUGACGGGUCUGUGGUCAAGGCUGUUCUCAAGUGGAAGGAUGUAUAG